UGUCUUAAUAAAGAACUUUCUUUGAAACAUCUGCAAUGGCUACUACUAAUCAAAGUCACGGGUCAAUUAAUUUGACAUACGACUCAUUCUUGUUGUGUAGGAGUGAUCAUCAAGUAACAUUGAUUUUUCUCUGCUUGUAUAUGUUUUUUGAGUACUAUAUAUUCGUUAUUUGCUAACAUCAACCAUACACAUCUCCUCUGCAACACAAUGUGCAGUGACAAAUCAUCUAUAAUGGAAAUUCCUUGGCACCUGAUGGCUGAUAUCUUGUCAAGACUUCCUGUGAAGACCAUAGUUCAUUGCAAAUGCGUAUGCAAAACAUGGAGCCAUCUGCUCUCGGAACUUUACUUUAUCAAUCUGCACCUUUCAAGAUCACCUGUCGGUCUUCUAAUUUAUCAACGGUACCAAUCUGGACCUGAUUGUUUGAAGAUUGGUGAAUUAGAGGAUAAACCUGAUCACCACGACGUUCACCAUGAUCCGUUGAUCAGGUCUGAACCUAAAUUUGGCCUCCAGGAUACUCUUGAUUUGUGGUUAAUUGGUUCGGUUGAUGGCCUGGUUUGUUUAUGGCGAUAUUCUGUUGAUGAGGCAACUUAUAUAUGCAAUCCGGUUACACGAGAGUACGUGCUCCUUCCUGAUAACAACUACAUAAGAAAAUCAUAUGCAAUCGUCAUUUAUGGUUUUGGGUCCGUUGCAUCCACAAAGCAGUACAAGGUGGUACGCUUUUAUCAAGGAAAUUAUCCGUCCGAGGAAGGCUCGUAUAUAUCAGAAUGUGCAGUCUACACACUUGGCGAAGGCCAGUGGAGAUGUUUAGGACAUGUGCCCUUUCUAGUUGGUGGCCGUCAGACUGGUGUGUCUGUCAACGGCAAUCUUCAUUGGCUAGCUUAUGAGCGAGAUAACGUUAACUCUCAUGAACUGGUGUGUGCUUUUGAUAUGGAGACAGAGUCUUUUCAACUAAAUGCCUCUGCUGAGUCUGCUCCUUUAGGUGAUCACGAAUAUUAUGUUAGAAGCCUGGGAAUUUUAAGAGGUUGUUUGUGUGUAUGUGAUAAUACAUCAGAGUCUGAAUUUGUCAUUUGGGUAAUGAAGGAUUAUGGACUAAAGGAAAGCUGGACUAAAGAGGUUGUCAUCAGAGAAAAUCAUGCUAGGCCGUUAGAUGAGAUGGUUCAUGUACUCAAAGUUUUUAUGGACGGAUCUAUAUUGAUGUUAUUCCGCGAUGAUUUUAUGUUCACUUAUCAUCCUGGAACCAAAACUGUGCAAGAACUUGAGAUAUUUCGCGAUCCGUCCCGGGGAAUAUUUGAUGCAAUGCUUUAUGUCCCAAGUUUCAUAAGACUUUAACAGUUUCACUUUGGAGAA